UGCGUUUAGGGGAAAGUGGCGUGUAGUGCAUGAGACACCACCCCAGUUCACUAUGACCUUAACAUGGUGACCAUGCCAAAUCAUAUUUGAAGUAUUCUAGCACGAGUCACCUUGGUCAAUUGGGUAGUGCAGCAACAGAAAGAGUGGGAAUUGCUACAGACCAACUGGAUGCUUUGUGUAAAGGUGAUGUGUAGGUGACGGUGUCGGAACCAGCUUUCUUCGUGUUAUUCUGGUUCGGUAACAACCAGACAACUUUCAGCUAUGUGGCCGCAAAUAGUCCUGCUGUUAAUCACAUCACAAGUGCUCUGUGAGGACCAAUGUCCAUGGGGAACAUACGGCGAGAAUUGCGACAAGGGCUGCCCUUUGACCUGCAACACCGACCGUGUGGGAAACCUCCGGCACUGUCAUAAGUACACUGGGAAGUGUUCUGAGGGAUGCGUUCCUAGACAUCAUGGGGAUCAAUGUAAUAGAUUUUGUAGCGGACGCUGUCUGGAGAAAACCUGCAAUCAAGGAAAUGGACAGUGUACAUUUGGUUGCAAAAGUUCCUACAGCGGGGAUUAUUGCAACAUCACUUCAGGUCCCAUUGAGUCUACCACAACAAAACCGACGAAUCUUGCUGCGAUUCUUGUCCCUGUGUUCCUCGCUAUCAUCGUCGUCGCUAUCAUCCUUGCUGUGUCGAUACUCAGACGAAGGAAGACCAAAUCGAGAACAAACUCGAAAAGAGGGCAUACUUAUCCGUAUAUCAGUUCUGAUGAAGCCCUUUCCUUGAUUGAGGAGCAGCCUGAGGCCUGGCAGUUCUCAUCACCAAAGGAUGAGGAUACUCGCAAAAGUCAUUCCUACAGAGAUAAACUACCCACAGAUCGGCCAAACCACACAGAGGAUAUCAAUGACCUGUUUGUUGAAACUGAGAGUUUUAACUUAGUGAAAGAGAAGCUGAAGACGUUUGGCCAUGUGACAAUAAGCGGUGCUCCAGGAGAAGGUAAAACAUCAAUGGCCCUGAUGCUUGGAGCUGAAUACAGGAAGCAGGGGUAUGAGCUGGUACUGGUUGAGGAUGUUGGUACUGUUCAGUUGUCUGAUUGCCUAGGUCAGGGCAAGGACGUGUGUGUCAUAUUCGAUGACAUAUUUCAGAACGUUGGAUCUAUGGAUGUACAUCGCCUGAGACAAGUUCUCUAUGAGCUCCAUGGGCACCUGGAACAGUGGAGAACCAUGUUAGAAACAAGGUACCACAUCCUGCAGAAGACACCAGGAGCAGAACAAAGAAGCAGCGACCAGCCAAACCUGAACAUCAUAUUCACCACAGACACCAACAACCUUGAAUAUGCAAUGUCAAAACUUAGAGGUCAUAUUCUUUUCCAAAAAGCUUCAGUGGUAGACUUGACAAAAUCAAAGAGAAGUGAAGAGAAGAAGGCGAUAUGGUUGAAACACAAAACUCACUAUAAAUGUGAAACUGACGUCGACGUGAACAAAAUUAUUGCAUAUGAUGAAACUGUUGGUUUUCCCCUGGUAUGCAAACUUUUCUCAAUGCACACCCCUUUUCAUAAAGUCAAAGAAUCGUUUUUCGAAAAACCUCUUUUCUUUCUUAAGCGCGACCUUGGUAUGAACACGAGUCAAUUGAAAGACCAAUCAUUGAAACUCCUGCUGAAGUCACUGUGUGAUGGUGAACAAAAACUCAGACAACUGCAGACUGAAUCUGACAACCCAGAACUCGAUGCACACCUGAAGGAUGUUUUAGCGCUUGUCUCAUUUUCCCAUCCUUUCAUACACAAUACCUUCAUGUCUGUCCAAUUGAAUACUAAGCCAGAGCUUGUCCUUCAUAACUGCAGUAUAAAGUUCAUUUGUGAGCAUGUACAUGAUCAGCAACACAACACUGCUCAUGUAGAACAGAAUGCCAUGCAUUUCUCAGAUGCCUACAGUGACACCAUUGCUGCCAGGCUGGCUGAAGCUGUUGUUGCUGGCACUUUCAGUAGGUACAUCAUGCAUCCCAUUUGGAAAAGGAAAGACAUAGAAGAUAAAGUGUACCAAAUGCUUAAAGAAGUAGGCACUAUGUCUUCUGAUUCUAAGCACAGCGUUCUCCAUUUUGCCUGUUUCUCUGGGAACAAUGACAUCAUUGAAAGAUUUCUCCCUCACUGUGACAUCAAUAGACGUGCUGUGAAUGGCUGGACGCCAGCUAUGUUCGCUGUUACUGGUGGACAGAAGAAUACCUUGAAACUUCUCGUAAAGCAUCAAGCUGAUAUCACAUUACGUGACACUAUGAACAACGACCUAUUUCAUUUGGCUUGUCAAUAUGGGAAUAUUCCUAUUGUGGAAUGUAUGGAAAGGCUGCUGAAACAAAGUACUGCUUGGCAUGUCAACAGUCGAGGGAUGAAUAAAUGGACACCAAUUAUGUGUGCAGUUUGCUCAGGCAAGAAUGGUCUCUUAAACUUUCUUCUAAAAAAGAAGACAACUGAUUUAACAUUACGAGAUAGGAACAACAACACUGUUCUUCAUCUGGCAUGUAUGUAUGCAAAUGAGUCCAUUGUUAAUUCGUUGUUGCCAUUAACAGAUAGAGAUUGUCAUGGGGAAAAUGGCAUGACACCUAUAAUGAGUGCACUAUUGUCUGGGAGGAGGGACAUAUUCAACCUUCUCAUGUCACACAAUGCAGACAUCUCUUUGACUGAUGGGGACAACAACAGCCUCCUUCACUUGGCCUGCCUCCUUGAUGAUAUACCCCAAAUUCUACUUACAGACUUUGACAUCGAUGUUCCAGGAAGUCAUGGUUGGACACCUGUAAUGAAGGCAGCUGUCAAUGGAGCAGCACAUGCAUUUCACCUGCUUGUGGAGGCAAAGGCUGAACUUUACCCGAAAGAUGACAACAACAACAAUAUCCUUCAUCUCGCAUGCCAUGGUGGACAUGCCUCCAUUGUGAAGUAUCUACUGACAAGGUUUGAGAUCAACGGUCGUGGAAAUAAUGGAUGGACGCCAGUGAUGUACGCUGCAGCCAAUGGAAUGAAGAGGGUGUUUGACUUCCUUGUAGCAGAGGGGGCUGAUUUAUCCCUGAAGGAUGACAACAACAGUUCCCUGUUUCAUGUCGCAAGUGUAGGUGGAAAUAUAUCUAUUGUGGAGGAUCUGCUACCACAUUCUGACAUCAACAGUCGGGGUGACCACGGGAGAACUGCAGUUAUGAAUGCUGCCUGGUCAGGACAAAGUCAUAUUUUCAAAUUUCUUGAGUCACAGAAUGUGGAUCUGGAAUUGGCUGACGACUAUAAGGACACUGUGCUCCAUUUUGCCUGUGAGGGAGGAGACGCAGCCAUUGUGGAACAUCUUCUGCCAACAGUUGACCUUAAUAUUCGUGGAAGGAAUGGCAGGACCCCAGUCAUGGUUGCAGCUCGGUGUGGAAACAGAGACCUUUUCAUCUUGCUCGUUUCAAAAGAUGUGGAUCUCACCCUGACAGACGACUACAAUAACAACAUUCUUCACCUUGCAUGUCAGGGAGGAAACAGGUUGAGCAUAGAGCAUCUGCUUCCACUGUUUGACAUCAACAGUCGGGGACAAGAUGGAAUGACGGCUGUGAUGUAUGCAGCUGUCAAUGGACUGAAGAGUGUGUUUGACCUGCUUGUCUCAAAUGGCGCUGACAUGUCACUGAAAGAUGAUUACAACAACUCUGUAUUUCAUUUAGCUUGUCUUGGUGGAAAUAAUUCUAUUGUAGAACAUCUCCUGCAACAGAGUGAUAUCAAUUGUCUGGGAUACAACAAGAGAUCAGCAUUGAUGGAGGCAGCUUUGGCAGCCAGAAGAAAUGUAUUUGACCUUCUUGUGUCAAAGGAAGCUGACCUGAAUCUGAUUGAUGACUACAAUGAUAAUGUUCUACAUUUUGCAUGUCAAGGAGGGGACACAGCAAUUGUGGCAUAUCUCCUGAAGAUGUUUGACGUUAAUAUUAAAGGACGGAACGGCUUCACUCCAUUGAUGCUUGCAGCUUGGGCAGGACAAAAGAAUGUGUUCAACCUGCUGGUGUCACAAAAUGCUGACUUGACACUGCUUGAUCAUCACAGGAACAAUUUACUGCAUCUUGCGUGUCAGGGUGGGAAUGCGUUCAUCGUAGAGUACCUCCUGCCACUGUUUGACAUCAACAGUCCGGGUGAAGACGGGUGGACGCCAAUAAUGAUGGCAGCUCUCAGUGGAAACAAAGAUGCUUAUGAUCUGAUUGCAUCAAAUGGGGGUAUUGUAUCAUUGAUUACUCCAAAGAAUGAUAAUGUUCUUCAUGCAGCAAGUCAGGGUGGUACCAUAGCAAUCAUGAAGAAGGUCAUUGACCUAUUUGACAUCAACACCAGGGGAAGGAAUGGUUCCACACCUCUGAUGAGGGCUGUUAUUGGAGGCCACAUUAGUGUGCUGAAGUUCCUGAUGUCUCGUUCAGCUAACCAUACUCUGGUGGACAAUGAUGGGCUCACCCUUCUACAUCUUGCUUGUAAAUAUGGUCACCUCGAUGUUGUGAAACACAUCUCAGACAGGUUUGAUAUAAACACUAAAGACAAGGCUGGUUUAACAUGCAUAAUGACAUCAGUACUGCAUGGUAAAGUUGCAGUAUUUGAAUACCUGCAAAGUAGAGGCGCAGAUUUGAAACUAGUUGACAACACAGGGGAUGACGCCUUAGAUCUUGCCCUUAAAGUGGACUGCAAACAAAUCAUAGAAAAACUGUCAUCCGGUGGAGAGUCAGACAGGAACAUCAUGCCAUGGCAUGAUAUAAUGACUUCAAUUGUGAGGUCAGACGUGUAUCAUCUGAACAUGUACAAGGCAAACAGAUCUUAAACUCGGAAGCAGUAAAAUCAUAAAACAGCCAGGAAUAAAACAAGCCAAGAAAAUGACAAACGAACUGACAAUGUUCCUGAUAACGGAGCAAGUAAGUUGCCUGAAGACCUACAGUCGAAGAGUCAUAACCUUGUUCAGGAGAAGAUGUCAAUAAACUAUCUGGAAGAAGCAACACCAGUGACUGCUUUGUUGCAAGCAGAUACAUGCAUACGAUUGAUGCAUAGGAUAGAACAUGUGUGCACAUAGAAACACUCUUGACAGAAAACUUUAACAAAUUUGAAAACUGUAUUAGCAAUAGUGAUAGAUAAAAAAAAAAUUAGGACUUGUUGGGUAUUUCAAAUCUCUUAAAAAGUGAAUAAGUUUAGAAUCCUGCUUAACAUUCCAAUUGUAUUAUUUUAGAUUUGACAGUUAUCAGUGUUAUUAAAUAUCAAAAUUAUGUAUUCACCCGAUUGUGUGUAUGUGUCAUUGUCAAACAAUACUUGAAUCUACUGAUGUCUUUGGUAUUACCAUAUGAAAACACCCAUGAAAGAGAAGAUAUGGAAUGUUUUUGGUCAUUAAUGUAUUGGACAAUAUCUGUCAUCAAUAAUUUUGCCCUUCAUCUGUCAUCAAAUCCCUUCAUCAAAUUUUGAAUUUGUUCUUACUUAUUUACCUGUGAUGAAAUACAUCCUUGUAAUUGUAAAGACUUGUAGAUGUACAUUGAAUUACAUUAUUUCAUGGAUAUUGUUAGUAUUGUUUAAUAAACAGUGUGUGAACUUAA